UUUUAAAUAUUAUUUAAAUUUCAUGCAGCCAUACUAAGUAAUUUUGUAUACAUUUGAAUGAAUAAAUAAAAUGGGUUCCACAAGAACUGAAGCAGAAGGUACAAAAAACUGUAAAACUGAAGAUGAAAGAAAAGAUAACUCUAGCUUUGAGUGCAAUAUAUGUCUUGAUAUUGCUCAAGAUCCUGUUGUUAGCAUGUGCGGACAUUUAUUUUGUUGGCCAUGUUUGCACAGAUGGAUAGAAACACGUCCUGCUCGCCCAAUGUGCCCUGUAUGCAAAGCUGCUAUUAGUAAAGACAAGGUAAUUCCUAUCUAUGGCAAAGACAAUCCUAGCCAAACUGAUCCCCGUGAAAAGCUACCCCCUCGUCCGCAAGGGCAAAGAACUGAACCUGAAAACAGCUACAAUCCAUUCAAUAAUUUCACUAACUUUGGCGGUUUUAAUGCACAUAAUGGUGGAGGCUUGCAAUUUUCAUUUGGUAUUGGUGCAUUUCCAUUUACAUUAUUUUCAGGAACCUUUGGGACAAGAAAUUCAGGCGAGGGAACAACUGUCCAACAACAAGAAGAGCAGUUUCUAUCAAGAGCUUUUUUAUGGAUGGCCCUCUUAUUUUUAGUUUGGCUAUUCUUGGCUUAAGCGUGUUAAAUAACCAACAAUUAAAAUGAACUUUAUUAUUAUUAUUAUUUUUUAUAUUUUGUUAUUAUUAAAAAUUGUAUUUUAUCGAAAUGUAAUUCGAAAUCUAAAAAAUCAAAAACUGUUUCAUAGAAAUUUGAAACAUAAUUUGUUUUUAUUUUAUAACUUUAAGCAUGUUUUUCUAGUAAUUAAAAACAUAAAAUAUGUAUUUUUAUUAUUAACAACUUCAGAUAUGUUUAUAACUGUCAAGUUAUAUUUUUUUAGUAAUCUUAAAGGUCUUAUAAAUACAUACCGAAUAUGUUCA